AUGGCCAUGGCUGAGCGGCCACGGCCUGGGUGGGCCUCAUAUCAAAACCCCAACACCAACAACUGCCAGGACAUGGGAAACUCCAUUCUGCUGCUCUUGGGUCUCAUCAUCUGUAUUAACAUUGGCAUCAAUUUGGUGACCCUGCUCUGGAGCCGAAUCCGCAUCCUCUUACACCGAAUGUUCCAUAUCAUUUGUGAGAAAGAAACCAGUAAAUCCUCACCUGGGAAGCUGGCCCAGCCCUCGAGGAAGCAGACCCACCCCGAAGUCCAUCUUCGAUGUACCAUGGACCCUGUGAAGAUGAGCGUGACCCCCCCACCCACUCGUCGUCGUCACCGCCAUCGAGCGCCUCCAUCUCGCCGUGCCCGCCGCCCCAUAGCUUGGGCCCCUGAUACUGAUGAGGAGAAACCUCCACAGCAGCACCCUGCAAUCUGUUCCCGCCACUGGGACGGUCCUAAGGAUUGGGACAGCUUCCAAUCUAUGCAGGAGAUGUGGGAACCUUGGACUCAAGAUGGUCUAGAGCAACCUGCCCAGACCAUCCGCUUCCAGCCAACAGUAGAGGCAAGGCCUCUCAAAACAGAAAUCCGGUCAGAGCAGGGCCUAGAGGCCUACGUAUAUACUGUGAAUCCCCCGCCCCCCAGUCCAGAGGUUUUGGGCCAUAAAAACAAUGCAGUAGGGCUAGGGGGAGGUGCUGAGGGUGAACAAACACAGGGCCAGCCUGUCUCACCACCCUUUCUGGGUCCAGCAAAUGUCCCUGAAAUACCCCGGCGCCGUUCAUCUGGUAGAAUAGUCUAUGAUGCCCGAGAUGUGAGGAGAAGGUUACGAGAACUGACCCGGGAGGUGGAGGCUUUGUCCCACUGUUACCCCUUGGUCUCUGGAUCCAGCACAGCUGAGGGGACAGGCAAAGAUUGGGUGUAUCGUCCCCUGAAGGGAAGGUGA